CGCCCUCGGCCAAAGCACAGCAAUGAGGCCUGCAAGGAUGUCCUUUGGCGACGAGACAUUUGGGUUACGGGUGCAUUUUUGAAACAAUACUUGCUGUGACUACAAUUACAACACGCCAUCAGAAUUCUAUAUUUUACUCCACCAAUCGACAUGGCCGACAAGACGCUUCAGACACAGAGCGGUUUCCAGAUAUAUCUCAUGACCACAACCUAUGAAUGCGUGCGCUGUGUAAUUUCUUUGUUCUCUCACGCCUCCAACUUUACCCCCACAUCAGCGUUACGACCAUGACAGCACCCUCCCACCAGGAAAUCACCCUCAGAAUUACCGAUGAUCGCUUGAACCACUGGGACUGCAAGAAGUUCGUCAAUCGGCCUUUUAUCAGGAAUACUUCCGGCAGCCCUUCCUGUGAUAAUGAUCUUAAACAUGCAUGCUGUUCCUACAGCCUCUACCACACCGAUAAUCAGUUGUGGGUUUUCGACGUAAAGCUAAUUAAUAGCCAGAUCUGGAGCGAGUUCGAAUGGGUUCACAUUGUUCCGCACAAGCCUCAGCAAGAAUGCACGGAAUAUAGGUGUGUAGGUGUCGACCAAAUUAAUGAUAACAUGUUGAUAUACCUCGAUGCGAAGGUCAUUAUCGAUGAGGACACAGCGCUCAACGAAAGCAAUCCUACGCGGUACGCAUUCGACCUUGUCUUCUCAACUUCGUCAGAACUGAGCCCAGACCGCAGCAACAUCACCGAGGAGACUCCCAGGAUCACCGAGAAAUCACUCAAGGAUACCGAAAGUGGAAAGCCUUCCAAGAAUGCAUGUGCAGAACAGUCGUUCAGAGACCUCUGUCCGGAAAAGUAUGAGGACAUGCUCACGUUCCUCCGUGAUCCCGAGUCCGUCAACACUGCAUUCGUCUUCACAAUCCACAGCUGCAGCAUCAGGAUCGCUCUGUGGGCUCACUGUGCCAUACUGAAGAAGUACCCGGCUUUCCAGGAGCUCCUUACGAGCCACCGCAGUGCCAACACCGUUGCUUUAAGCUACGGCCCCAUCGUGGUGCCUGUCGAGGGUAUCUCGCUGACGACAUUCUGCGUCCUGUUGAAGUACAUCUACACAGAGGACAUCGACCUCGCAGUCGAUGACAGUCAGUUCCUGAUGUCCGACAUGGGUCCGUCAGACACUCCUUCCGAUGCUACUGUCCUGAACAAUGCUCUGCGGGAACGCAAUGCAUCCCAGUUCUAUGCAUCCUGGGAGGCCAAGGACAAGGUGACGUGGGUGGAUCUCUUCCUUGCUGCCGACCGAUUCGGGGUGCAGAAGUUGCGGCAACAUUCUCUCAAGAGCUUGCUUGUGUCUGUGGACAAGCACAAUGCCAUGGAGAUGCUAUUCGGAGUCGGGCCACACUUCAAGACGGAGGUCCGCGACCCGGUGAUGAAGUAUAUCUCUGAACACCUGGACGACGUGUUUUCGGUGCAGACAGAGGAUCCGUUCAAGCGGUACGCAGACCAUGAGAACUGCCAUGAAGUGAUGCUGGAGCUGCUGAGACUGGAGCGCAGUCGCUGAAGGUUAAGGUCAGAUAGCAAGGAGGCUGGGCAAUGCCAUGUAUAGAGCAUGAAGUAAACUAGCGAAGCACUGCGCGCGCAUUAACCCGGUAGAAAUAGGCUUCAUAUAAACUGAGGUUCGUGCACGCUGGGGACCCUUUGUCUGGAUACGAGUGUGUCACUUUGCAUGAUGCAUACAGCCAUGUUGCAGCCAUCGUGGACUAUAACUUCCUGCAGCCUACAAUACAUAAACGGUUUUCUCCCUUUUCUUUCUAGUCACACUUUCAUUUACA